CUUCGUUCCCUUCACUCUUCGCUCUCACACCCGCAUUCUUUCAUUCUCCUUUCAAUUGUGCCUUCACUUUUCCUACCAUGAUUGCAACGCAUCUCAAUUUGGUUUCCCCGCCACUGUUUCUCCCAAUGAGCAUUUUGUUUUGUCCAUUUUAGUUACGAUUAGUGGAUUACGCAUUAUUUACUAGGAUUCUUGAGCCUUGCGAAGUUGUUAACUGUUUCACAGUUGAUCAAAUACGCGUGUAGGGCAGUGCAAUGUGUUGAGUGUGCAGCAGUAACGUGUCUACCAAUGGCAGAAUGUGUGGCUUCCGCAUUCUGUGUUAAGCUGAAUACUCAGAGAAGGCUAGUUACUCGGAGAGGCUUCUCGGGUCAGCUUACAAAUCUCAAGACUGUUCAAAGAAGUGUAUUUGGUGCCACAGAUUUGAAAUUCACUACUCGUACUCAGCAACUUCCGAUAAAGUGCAUUGGUUUAGGGGCUUUGGUUGACUUUGGUGGUGCAACAACCUCUCGUUUGGUUCCAGUUGUUGACCAGAUGCUUUUGAUGGGCAGUAUAUUUCUUACUUAUAUGGCUGGAGUAAUUCCUGUUGAGAAAUCUGAUGCUAGUUAUCGAAAGACUAAUUCUGAUAAAAAUGUUUUUCCUCAAAGCUCAGACAUUUCUGGUAGUUCAGCAAAGCAAAAUUAUGGACUUGAGUCAAAGUAUAUAUUAAAUGUAGUUAGAGAAAAAAUUUUGAAUUCUCUAAAUGCCUUGGAGGACAAGGCUUAUUCUGGAGACAUCAUCCUUCAAUCUGCCAAGAAACCCUUGAGUUUAAGUGCUGUUGCCAGGGGUCCAAAGUUAAGGUUGCUUUGGGCAGCUUUUCAGCAAGUUGAAGAAGAGGUCAACAAUAUCUUAAGCAUAUCCAGAACUGUUGGUAUGGAUGGUCUGUUUGGGAGGUUUUCAGAAAUAAUUCAGAGAUCCUGUCACCCUAUCUGUGCUGCGUGGCUGGAAAAGGAAUUUUUCCUUCUAAAGGGAAAUGCUGACAAGGAACUUGCGUCUAUGAUACUUGAAAAGGUGAAAGGAGAUAGCACCGUUGUUGAGAGCAUUGCAAGGUCUGGCAAGAAAGAUCUAUAUUCGGAAUUACUUUGGUAUCUUACUUUUGGUUCUCUCAGGGAGGAUUGCUAUUAUGAUUCGUGUAUAUUUGCUGUGCAUGGGAUUUCUAUUUUAGAAGAUUUAGUAGUAGCUCUAGCAGAUGGGGUUGCAAGCAUAUAUCUGGAGUUCAAUUCGGUUGAUAGUGAUGUGUCAAGUAAAACCAAUAGCUUGGAUAUGUCAUUAUGUGCUUUAUCCACCAGAGAACUCCAAAAGCUACGUAACGAGGUGGCUUUGAAUCAGUGGUUGUGCCACAACAUGGACACAGUAGUGUCAAUGUAUGAGGAUCGUUUCGACCUGUGUAUUCUUGAGAGCAAACCCAUUGAUCUAACGGACAGUAUUCAGACCGAAGAGCAAAAUUGGUGGAAGAAGCUUACCCAGCAAAAUUCGAAAACAAGGUCACCUGAAUUACAUUGCAUUGAGAUUAGCCAUUUCUCAAUGCCUGUAAAGCGGACCAAGGAAUUAAGAGCCCUAAUAGGAUGGCGAUAUUACUUCAGCCUUUUCUUGGAGUUGUCUGACAUCACCAUGCCCAUAAUUAGAGCAGUUAUUGAUAAAGUGAGUGAUGCUAUCUCAUUCUUUUUAGUUACCUUGAUUGGGAGGUCUUUAGGACUCAUUUAUACAGGCAUCAGGCAGUCUCUCAAAUGGAAGUGAGAUAAUUCGUACAGUUUUGUGUAGUCUAGUUCAAUUUUUCAUUAUUGUUUUCUCUUUCUUUUUGCUUCACAAUCAAAUGGAAAAUAUUUCAUUAUUUUCAUUCAUCUCCUUUUCUCUCGUCUUGGUGUAUAGUCAUUAUUUGUUUAUAUUGUAUUUCCGCGUUUACAUUUUCAAUAGAAUGCCAGCAAAGUUUAUUUUCCUA